AUUGGCUGGAGGAACGGGGGCGGGGCUGCGGAGGGCGCGCGGAGGGCGGACUGGCUGGGGGGCCCCCGGGUUUGUGGAGGGCGCGCCGGGGCGACUGUCAUGGAAGGAGCUGGCGGCGGCUUCCGGAGGGACCUGGUGAGCGAGCUGCUGCGCGCGCACUUCACGGACGGCAAGACCAAAGUGGGCGGGGACGCGCUGUGGCUCAUGGCAGAGCUGCUGAAGAUCUUCGUCGUGGGUAAGCUGGGGCCCCCAGAAGACGGGCCCCGACACUGCCCCCUUGUGUUUUCUUGGGGGGGGUCCCCACUCCCCUCUGACCCAUCCUCCCAGCCGGGGGAAGGCUUAGCUCGGGUUCCGGCCCCGCCCACCUGCCCCCCUCACCACCCUCCCACGUGGUGGCAGAAGCGGCUGUCCGCAGCGCCCGGCAGGCCCAGGCAGAAGACCUCACUCUCGUGGACGUGGACCAGCUGGAGAAGGUGCUGCCUCAGCUGCUCCUGGACUUCUAGGGGCCGCCACCCUCACUGCAGCCUGCUGAGCUGAGGCGAGACCCCACGCCCCAUUUCUGCGGCCUCUGGCUUCAGACAGGGAAGGAGAUGCUGAUGCUGGAGAAGCCCUUCUCCCGCCCCCAAGACUGAAUCAGGUCCUGGCAAAUGCCCCACUCCUCCUGGUGACCUCCUACUGCUGAUCGCCUGGACACAGGAGAUGGGGGGGUCGCCGAGGGGACCCAGGGGCGCAGGUGGCUUCCCCCUACACCCACAAGUGUGAGACAAGGCAGGGGCCACGAAGCAGCCGGGGCCCGACGCCCCGCUCUCAGAGCUCCCGUGUGUCCAUGUAGCCAUCUGACGCCCUCAGAAGCCGCCUCCCUGAGCUAUGGAUAAACCAUCGAUGCAUAUCCUU